AUGGCGCGUACGCUAACAGGAAAUGCGACCUUGGAAUUGCCGCGUGCAGCCAAGUGCUGUGAAAUCGUACGCUCAGGACAGAAAGUAGUUAACUGCCACCGCUGCCAGGUAUUUCUUGUACUUAUUAUUUGCAGUCUUUUUAACUUGUACUACUUUGGCCACUUACGAUCCGCCCAGUAUUCGGAAAUCAACGGGUGCACGUGGUGGUGAAUACUACUUGUACUAGUAAUUGAAAAUUGUGGUGCGUCGCCCUAGGGAAUUACACGCACCCAGCUGGGAUUGUAUAAAUAUGGUCAUUGCUUUUCUGAUCAGGCUUUGAUCUGCGAAAUAUUUAGAAAAGAAAGAGAUUAAUCUAUGAAAUAUUUAACAAAGAAGAGGAUUUUGCCUUGCCAUAAUGCGUCAGCCAACUCCAACUGAACCCAGUCCUCGGGCAUUAGCAUUUUUUUUCUCAGGAGCAGGGACUCAUGAGCUGCCGAAUCCCCUGGGGUGGGUACCAAAAAAUGAGGGCAAAUUCCCUGUCCUCGAUCAACACUGCAACAUUUUUCAUUGACUGCACAGAAAAGUAGUAAUUAUUCGAUAACAACCAAUCAGUGUUAAGUCAAAGAAUGCGCACUGUGUGUCAGCCUAUCACAGCAUGUUCCCAAGAUCUUGGGAACCCAGCGGGACGCUUGAACACGACGGAUUAGUGACGGCGUUAUGCAGAGGUCCCUUUUCGGCGUGCAACAAAGGAAAUAGGAGACGUCUGCACGCAGCAACACCAGAUCCUGACAAGAUGAAGAGCAUAUUUAAAUCUUUUUGUCAUUCUGUAGUCAACAAAGGACAACAGAUUGUACAUAUGUUAUUAGGAGAUAAGUUCAAGGUUAGAAAUCAGUGCUAUGUUUCAGACAUGUAUCUACAACAAGAAAUAUUAACCAAUGUUACUUGGUGUUUGUUAGUUACAGUAGUUGAUACCCCCCCUGUCAUUUUAGAAGUUUCCCAUUAGAAUAUUCUGUAAACAGUAAAAGAGACUUGUCCUCCUCAUUAAGUAUCAAAUUUGUCAUGAAUUCACUACACUUGAUUAUUACCUGUGUUGUUUUGCUAAAAUUUCCCUUAAAAUGCUUUUCUGUCUUUGUUGCUGUUAGGAACAGUUAGACAUCCUGAGAAUGCUUUUAUCCAACGCUCUCUUUGAUGAGAAGUUGGAGCAGGUAUGA